CUUCUGCUGCGCCCACAAAUUUUUAGACCUCGCAGCUCUCGUUUCAUUCAUUCAUAUUGGAGUUGAUAUAGACGAGACCUUGUCCGACAUUUUUCUGGUCUUUGAGAGCCAUCCUUUCGCCCGCGCCGCCUCCCGUCCCCGUUCGCGACCCCGACGCAUAUUUCCUUUCCAUCAUGUCACCUCCGGCUAUGGCGCCAGCUCUGGGCGUGGGCGGUAAAAGCUACAAGACAGAAUCAGGGCUUGCUCGGUUACUGGGUUCAGGUAAUGGGAUGAUCGGCCCAUACGUGGCAGCCCGCGCUGAUGGGUUGGCGAUACAGGUUCCGCUGGAGUCGCCGAGCUGCUGGUCUUUCAUCCUGUUGAUACCAUCGCGAAAAGGCUGAUGAACAAUCCAACAAGAGUAGCUUCCGUCUCUGCUCUCAACGCCGUCAUCUUCAGAGAAUCCGCCUCAGCACCCGUCCUCACGAAAUUUACUUCCCUUUUCCCAGGUCUAGGAUAUGCAGCAGGCUACAAGAUCCUUCAGAGAAUAUAUAAAUACGGUGGUCAACCCUUUGUGCGCGACUACUUGACCCAACAUCACGGCCAGGAGUUCGACAAGGCGUUCGGCAAAGGAACUGGCAAAGCAAUGCUCAACGCAACGGCUGGUUCUCUCAUCGGCAUAGGAGAGGUCGGCCUAUUACCGCUCGAUGUGCUCAAAAUCCGAAUGCAAACGAAUCCAGAUGUUCUGCGUUCGCGAGGUUUUCUCCAGAUUGUCAAAGACGAAGGUUUUGGGCUGUACAGGGGCGCGGGAUGGACAGCCGCACGAAAUGCCCCCGGAAGCUUUGCACUAUUUGGGGGCUCUUCAUUCACCAAAGAAUAUUUCUUCAAACUCGAGGAUUACAACGCCGCCACAUGGGGUCAGAACUUCGUCGCAUCUGUCGCAGGCGCAGCAGCGAGCCUACUCGUCUCUAGCCCACUCGAUGUGAUCAAAGUGCGGAUCCAGUCGAGGAGCCAUAGUGACCCGGAGUCUGGAAUCCGCAUCAUGACGAACAUGGUCAAGAAUGAGGGUGUGAUGAGCUUCUUCAAGGGCAUUGUUCCAAAGAUGUUGAUGACCGGCCCCAAGCUUGUGUUCUCAUUCUGGCUAGCUCAGACUCUCAUCCCGGCCUUCGGCAAGGUCGUGUGAUCUUCUCCGACACACACCACGACCACCCAACAAAUAUCCAUGAGAUUGAUUAGCCAUAAUUUAAUUGAGCUGAUCCAAGUGCCAAUAUGCUUUGCUUCACUACGGUGGUGGAUAAUGGCGGCCACCCUAUGGUCCAAAGGCCCAGUCGGAUCAGUCGAGUUUUUAUGCGCCAGGCGUUUUCAGCGCUUGGGAGAAUUUUCUUGGUUGGCGGGGGGGUUUUUGAGCAAAGGCCAUUACACUCUCCUCCAAUAUAUUCUCGCCUGACUGUUGAUUCGUUUCGGAAAGAAAUCUGGUUUCGGGCCCCUUGCACCCUCCUUUUCAACAGCUGGGAGUGUCCUCGGUGCGGACCUUGCGACGAUGUUGGUUGGGGGAGGAGAGUCGCCCCCAGCCAUGACGUGGAAGAGAGCUCGAGCAAGCCCAUAAAAAUGUACCAUUAUGAUUUGGCAGAAUUCAGAUUCCUCAAAAGCAAAGACUUAUACCAUUCUACACUUGUUGCCGCCCAGCCUUGUAAGAGUGGGUUUAAAGACGAGAACAGCGGCUCCGCUACUAACGUCCCAAUCAG